UGACCUAAAAAUUAUCGCCGUACUGGAAUUACUUUAAUGAGGUAGUAAUUGAGCAUGCGCACUACGCCAUUGGUGUAAACGAACAAACGAACUUUCUUCAACUAAUAAAGUCGAACCAUGGAUCGAACUCUGUUCGAACAUUGGAGAAAAUCAUCAUGGUGGCCACGAGUAUCGAGCGUCAUAUAAACAUUUUGUUGUUACUAAAUUUUACAUUCAAGUAGUUAAAUAUCGUGACCUUAUUAUUGAAACUGUAAAGCAGACAUUGGAAUUGGUGUGAAAAAUGAGUGAAGGCAUCAUAAUAGAAGGCUGCAGAGUUAUUAUACAAAGAGGAUCAUAUCUCAAAUCUGAGCAAGUCAAACGAAAAGUUAAAGUCAACAUUCCCAAAUGUCAAUUCUAUUUGGACAAUGCUAUUGGUUGUACAUAUGGGACCAUCUUUAAGAUCAUCAACCAUCACCUAGUGCCACUGGUUUCUCAAUCUGAACCAAAACUACCACUUGUCUCAGGUGUAAACAAUCAGCAUUUAAACGAUGAUGGUGAGUCACAAAAUUGACACGUGAUGAUAUAAUGGAGUUGAAAGAAAAGGGUUGUGAAGGCGAGGAUAUUAUUGAGCAAUUGGUUGAAAAUAGUGAAACAUUUAUAAAGAAAACAGAAUUUUCUCAGGAAAAAUAUGUAAACAAAAAGAAGGAAAGGCAUCUGACACAUAUAACUUUACUUCAACCUACUCUUAGCCUAGUUUGUCAGGCAAUUUACUCCAAUUGUUCAUUGAAAAUUUUAGAGUUGAGAAUGGACACUGCAUCACAGAUUCUGACAAUGGCAAAUAUUCACAGUGACAUUAACGUUUUGCUCAUGGAGAGUACGCAAAGCUUUGUUGCUGGUUUGAUAUUGCACAGGAUGGGAGGACUUGGAAACGUUGUUCAAAUAUAUAACGGAGACUUUCCCAUUCGAUUAAUGCUAUCUCAUUUUGGUUUAUCUAAUGAUGAAACGAAAAUACUCACAGGCUUUCCAAUGCACAAAAUAAACAAUGUGGAUACUAUGGAAAAGAAAGCCGUACCUGCGGAUUUGCAUGCGUCAUUGGAAGAUGAUGACGUUGACCAUUUCAUCUUAGAAACUCCUCCCACCCAAAAUGGACGUGGGAAAAAACGUAAAUCGAAGCAGUUCAAUAAACCGAUGACUAGUAAGGAAAAACAUGAGCGUAAAGUAAGGAAAAUUGUCGAGGAAAACAGAGCUUUGGAGUUACUAAAAACAGCUUGUUUUGAUUGUUUGAUUAUCGCUACAAAAUUUCACACAAAAACUGCGUUAUUAAAACUUAUUAAAUUUGUGCUACCAUCAAGGCCCAUCGUUGUUUACAGUCCUUACAAAGAGGUUUUGAACGAAUGCUAUAUUUCUCUAAAAGAGAGUAAAACUGUUGUCAAUCUGCAUUUGACAGAGACCUGGUGGCGAUCUUAUCAGGUUCUUCCUCAAAGAACUCAUCCACUUAUCAUGAUGGACGGUGUUGGAGGCUAUCUUCUUACUGCUAUCACUGUGGAGCAUGAUCACAAAAAUAAACUUCAUGAGGAAAAUCUUCAACAAGACAAUUAUUGUCAAGAUAGCUCUCAUGAAGGCAAUCCUCGUAAAGAUGAUCCUUGUCAGAAUAAUCUUCGCGAUCAUUUUGAAACAACGUAUCUUAACUGUUUUGACAGUAUUAAUCCUACAGAUAUUCCAAAUCGUGACGACACGUAGUCGAUUAUCGAAAGUGCGAACAUUUAUGUCUGUAAAUUAAAACUAAAAACCAUGUUCAAGGUCGAAACUGGAAAACUAUUUUAGGGGUGGGUGUAUUCAUGCAGUCUAGUUUCGACACUUAACAAACACUAUUCCUAUUUAUGACCGCAGAUUAUUGCUAUACUACUGCUUUUGCUGAUGAAAAAUUUAGAGACUAAGAUGAUUUUGAGAAAAUACUAUCGUUCUAUCUGAUGUGGUCAAAGCUCAAAGAUGCUUUUACUUGUAAGCUUUUUAUAAAGUAAGCAUUUAGUCUGUGAAAUUUUUUAUGAGGCUUGGAAAAGCUUCAACUUUUGUCAACUGA